AUGACUAAGUCAUUAUCAAACAACGAAGACAUUGAAAGUCUCAGUUCUAAUAAUCAUAUAUAUUCUUAUUCAUCAUCAUCAUCUUCUUCUUCUGCAUCAAAUCCUUCGGUUGAUUUAAAUUCCCAUUCACCUAUAUCAUCAUUCUGUGGUGAUAUUGAUGAUGAACAUAAAAAUUCACAAGAAAAAACUCCAUCAACCAAACAACAUAUUGUUAAACCACCUUAUUCGUAUAUAGCAUUAAUAACGAUGGCUAUAUUGCAAUCUUCAUCACGUCGUUUAACACUGAGUGGUAUAUGUGAAUUUAUUAUGACUCGUUUUCCAUACUAUAAAGAACGCUUUCCAGCUUGGCAAAAUUCAAUACGUCAUAAUUUAAGUUUAAAUGAUUGCUUUUUGAAAAUUCCACGUUCACCAGGAAAUCCAGGUAAAGGAAACUAUUGGACAUUGGAUCCCGCAAGUGAAAAUAUGUUUGACAACGGUUCAUUUUUACGUCGUCGUAAACGUUUUAAGCGUUUAAAUCAACAUCAUUCAGCUUAUUUUCAUCAUCCACCACCAUCAUCAUCAUCAUCAUCAUAUCAUCUGUUACCUUUGCCAUUUACUCCUAUGAAACGGUAUGCUCCAUUAGUAGUACCAUCACUUUCUUUCCCAUUGCUCACACCAAUAUCAACGCCAAAUAUUCAAAUGAAUCAACAAACUUCAUCAAAAACUUCAUUUACAAUAGACAAUCUUAUUGGAAACAAUAAAACUAAUAUAAAUUCUGUUUAA